CUGCAGGACUGAGCUGCCAUCGAACCGUGACGCGACUCGGCCGAAACAUAGGGAUCUUCGUCUCCACCCCUGGUAGUUGUAGUAAUCCACAGAUCCGACGACAACAGGGAGCAGCCAUGCCUUUCGGUAACACGCACAACCAGCUGAAGAUGAAGUUCACUUCGGAGCAGGAGUACCCGGACCUCACCAAGCACAACAACCACAUGGCCAAGAUCCUCACCCCCGAGAUGUACGAGCGUCUGAGGAGCAAGCAGACCCCCAGCGGGUUUACCCUGGAUGACGUCAUCCAGACUGGGAUUGACAACCCAGGUCAUCCCUUCAUCAUGACCGUGGGCUGCGUGGCCGGUGACGAGGAGACGUACGAGGUCUUCAAGGAGCUGCUGGACCCCGUGAUCGAGGACCGCCACGGAGGCUACAAGCCCUCAGACAAACACAAGACCGACCUGAACCCAGACAACCUGAAGGGCGGAGACGACCUGGACUCCGACUACGUCCUGAGCUCCCGUGUGAGGACCGGACGCAGCGUGCGAGGCUUCUGCCUGCCGCCGCACUGCAGCCGGGGGGAGAGGCGUGCCGUGGAGACGCUCUCCAUCGAAGCUCUGGCCUCCCUGAGCGGAGACCUGAACGGGAAGUACUACGCCCUGAAGAACAUGACCGACGCCGAGCAGCAGCAGCUCAUCGACGACCACUUCCUGUUCGACAAGCCCGUGUCUCCCCUGCUGCUGGCCUCCGGGAUGGGCCGGGACUGGCCCGACGCCCGGGGCAUCUGGCACAACGACACCAAGACCUUCCUGGUCUGGGUGAACGAGGAGGACCACCUGCGUGUGAUCUCCAUGCAGAAGGGAGGCAACAUGAAGGAGGUGUUCAACCGCUUCUGCACCGGACUCACCAAGAUCGAGGGCCUGUUCAAGGACAGUGGCCACGAGUUCAUGUGGAACGAGCACCUGGGCUACGUCCUCACCUGCCCGUCCAACCUGGGCACGGGUCUGAGGGCCGGCGUGCACGUGAAGCUGCCCAACAUGAGCAAGCACGCCAAGUUCGAGGAUGUUCUCAAGAGGCUGAAGCUCCAGAAGCGUGGAACCGGUGGCGUGGACACGGCUGCCGUGGGCGGCGUGUUCGACAUCUCCAACGCCGACCGACUGGGCUUCUCCGAGGUGGAGCUGGUGCAGGGCGUGGUGGACGGAGUCAGGCUGCUGGUCGAGAUGGAGAAGAAGCUGGAGAAGGGUCAGUCCAUCGACGACCUGAUCCCAGAGCAGAAGUGAAUCCGUUCUGAUGCCCGACCACCAUCACUCUCCUCCUCUUCCUCUUCCUCCUCCUCCUCCAUCAUCCCUCGCUCCCCUGUCUGAAUGAAUGUUUGACUCUGUAUCACACGGUUGGAUUUGUUUGUGUAUUUAAAAUGAAACGUUUCCUGUUCGGUGAGGAUGGAUCUGAAAAGAAAUAAAACAACUUCUGGUUGAAGUUUGAUCCCUG